AUGUCCAAUGAUUACGGAUUCAACAGUGAUGAUUCCCCAAAUAAAACAAAUUCUCACCUUCAAUUACCAAGCCCGAUAAUAACACGACGAAACCGGACUGCCUCUACGUCUGAAAGAGCAUUAGGUAACCCGUUAGAAAGUGGCAAAAUUAAAUCUUUCUGUCGAGAAAGGGGACACGGCUUCAUUUCUCCCGAAAAAGGCGGCGAGGAUAUUUUCGUUCAUAUUUCUGAUAUUGAGGGUGAGUAUGUGCCGCUACCGGGAGACGAAGUUAUAUACCGGCUGUGCCCCAUACCACCAAAGUUUGAGAAGUUCCAAGCUGUCAAUGUGCGUAUUGUUCACCUUACACCAGAGAAGCAUUUGAAGUGGGAUGAGCCCCAAUGUAAUUAA